AUGUCCGCUCGUAACACUAAUGACCCGGAUAUUCAAACCCAUUCUCCAGAAGAAUUCGACGAUGCCGUCCGCACACUCGCUCGCCAACUCUCGCGGAUGUCAGCCGCCUCCCGCCGCGACACAGAGCCACUCAAUCCUUUCCACCCCGAUAACCUCGAUCCUCGUCUCGACCCCAACUCCAAGGAGUUUAGCGCGGAGGCGUGGUCGAGGUCCAUGAUGGCCGUUCAUUCGCGCGAUCCCGAGCGUUACCCACGGCGGACCGCCGGCGUCUCAUUCACCAACCUCAACGUCCACGGGUUUGGCAGUCCCACUGACUUUCAGAAGACGGUCGGGAACGUGUGGCUCGACUACGUAGGCAGGGCAAAGCGCCUGAUUGGCUUGGGCACAAGGCUCACAAAGCUCAACAUCCUGCGGAACUUCGAUGGACUGUUGAAGGCUGGAGAGAUGCUGAUUGUAUUGGGAAGGCCAGGAAGCGGUUGUUCUACCUUCCUGAAAACCAUCGCCGGCGAGACGCACGGCUUCUAUAUCGACCCAAAUUCCGAUAUCCAAUAUCAAGGCAUUCCUGCGCACAUGAUGCACAACGACUUCCGCGGCGAGGUCAUUUACAACGCCGAGACCGAUGUCCAUUUUCCCCAGCUUACUGUCGGGGACACUCUCGGCUUCGCUGCACUCGCUCGCGCUCCCCGGAAUCGCAUGCCUGGAAUCUCCCGCGAGCAGUACGCCGAGCACAUGCGCGACGUCAUCAUGGCCAUCUUCGGUCUGUCGCACACGGUGAACACGAAGGUUGGAAACGACUUUAUUCGCGGGGUCAGUGGAGGAGAGCGUAAACGUGUCAGCAUUGCUGAGUGUAUGUUGAGCGGGAGUCCGAUGCAGUGCUGGGAGAACAGUACUCGCGGUCUCGACAGCGCAAACGCUCUGGAGUUCGUAAAGCAUGUGCGGUUGGCCACGGAGACCGCGGGGUCGACAGCUUUGGUCGCCAUCUACCAGUGUUCUCAAAGCGCGUAUGACAUCUUUGACAAGGUCGUUGUCCUGUACGAGGGACGGCAGAUCUACUACGGUCGGGGCGACAAGGCAAAGGAGUUCUUCACGAGCCGUGGAUGGCAUUGUCCUGCCCGUCAGACCACCGCCGACUUCUUGACCUCGUUGACCAACCCGUCGGAGCGCAUCGUUGAGCGAGGCUGGGAGCAUAGGGUCCCGCGGACGCCAGAUGAGUUCGCCAAGCAAUGGCAGGAGAGCGAGGAGCAUCGGCAGUUACUCAAAGAGAUCGAGGAAUAUCAGGCGGAGUUUCCCGUUGGAGAUGGGCAAGUGACUAAGUUCCAGCAGUCCCGGAAGGCUCAGCAGGCGAAACACAUGAGCGUCAAGUCACCGUACACGAUUUCUUUCCCGAUGCAAGUCCGUCUUUGCACGAAGCGUGGACUGCAACGACUUCGAGGCGACAUGGCCAACUUUUACGCCACAGUCUUCGGCAACUUCUUCAUAGCUCUCAUCAUAGGCUCAGUUUUCUACAACCUGAAAGACAACACCGGGAGUUUUUUUAGUCGUGGUGCUCUUUUGUUCUUUGCCAUUCUCAUGAACGCGUUCUCCAGUGUACUAGAAAUCUUGUCUCUCUAUGCUCAGCGCCCAAUUGUUGAGAAGCAUAGAAAGUUCGCUCUGUAUCAUCCCUGCGCCGAGGCCGUGGCAUCCAUGAUAUGCGACCUUCCUUCCAAGAUUCUCGUCGCGGUUGCAUUCAAUCUCACGCUCUAUUUCAUGAGCAAUCUGCGUCGAGAGCCCGGCGCAUUCUUCACAUUCUGGAUCUUUUCCUUCAUCUCGACUUUCACCAUGUCGAGUAUUUUCCGGUCGAUCGCUGCUGCUUCUCGCACUCUCUCGCAGGCUUUGGCGCCGGCGGCCAUGUGGAUUCUGGCUCUGAUCAUCUACACCGGAUUUACAAUUCCCACGAGCGACAUGAAGCCAUGGUUCCGCUGGUUGAACUAUCUAAACCCCAUUGCUUAUGCUUUCGAAUCGCUCAUGAUCAACGAGUUCCAUGAUCGCGACUUUCCUUGCUCUGUGUUUGUUCCCAGCGGUCCCGGUUACGCGAAUAUUACCGGUCUGGAGAGGACAUGCAGCGCCACAGGUUCGAUCGCUGGCUCAAGUAUCGUCAAUGGCGACCGCUACAUCAACCAAAGUUACAAGUACUUCCAUGCACAUAAAUGGCGGAAUUUGGGCAUCAUCAUUGCCUUCUGGAUCUUUUUCACGUCGACGUACAUGUUGGCAACGCAUGCGAUCCAGGGUGCGAGAUCCAAGGGCGAAGUCCUCAUGUUCCGUCGUGGGAACGUUCCUUCGGUCAUGAAAUCGACGGAAGACGACGAGGAGAAGGCAAACGGAGGUGACCGGUCCGCGAUCACCACUCAACAAGGAGAAGGUCCCGACGAGAAGGAUACCCUUGCUGCCAUACAUCGCCAGACGAAGAUUUUCCAUUGGAACAAUGUCUGCUACGAUAUCAAGAUCAAGGGAAAUCCCAGACAGCUCCUCAACCACGUCGACGGAUGGGUCAAGCCAGGAACUCUUACAGCUCUAAUGGGUGCAUCCGGUGCGGGCAAGACGACUCUGUUGGAUGUUUUGGCUAGCCGUGUCACGAUGGGCGUGAUCAGUGGGGAUAUGUUCGUCAAUGGUCACUUGCGAGACCAGUCGUUCCAAAGAAAGACCGGCUACGUUCAACAACAGGAUCUUCAUCUCGAAACCGCGACUGUACGCGAGUCUCUCACGUUUAGCGCUCUCCUACGCCAACCGAAGAAGAUCCCCACGGCCGAGAAACUCGCUUAUGUCGACGAAGUGAUCAGGCUGCUCGAAAUGGAAGACUAUGCUGAGGCGAUUGUUGGGGUUCCAGGCGAAGGUCUCAACGUGGAACAACGCAAGCGGCUGACGAUAGGUGUCGAACUUGCUGCGAAACCGGAUCUACUUCUCUUUUUCGAUGAACCGACCAGUGGCCUUGAUUCGCAAACGGCUUGGUCAAUCUGUCAGUUGAUGCGCAAGUUGGCUAACAACGGGCAGGCCAUCUUGUGUACCAUCCAUCAGCCGUCCGCGAUCUUGAUGCAACAGUUCGAUCGCUUGUUAUUCUUGGCCUCUGGUGGCAGGACAGUCUACUUUGGCGAUAUUGGACAAAACUGCGAUAACCUCACUCACUACUUCGAGGCGCAUGGAGCCCACCAGUGUCCUCCUGACGCCAAUCCUGCUGAAUGGAUGCUUGAAGUCAUUGGUGCAGCACCCGGUCAUCACUCGAAAAUCGAUUGGCAUGAUGUAUGGAGGAAGAGCGACGAAUACCAGGCUGUGCAGAAGGAACUGACCCAGAUGAAGGAUGAGCUGUCUAGAAUCCCGGACGACGAGGGCGAUAGUGCAGUGCAUGGGGAGUUUGCUAUGCCUCUCCCCGCUCAACUGUGGUAUUGUCUCAAGCGAGUCUGGCAGCAAUACUGGCGCACGCCCUCUUACAUUUAUUCAAAGGCGGCUCUUUGUACCUUCACGUCGCUCUUUAUUGGCUUCUCGUUCUACAAAGCGGACAACAGUCUCCAAGGGUUGCAAAACCAGAUGUUCUCCAUUUUCAUGCUCCUCACCCUGUUCGGCAACUUGGCUCAGCAGAUCAUGCCUCUGUUUGUGACGCAGCGUGCGCUCUAUGAGGCACGCGAACGACCUUCGAAAGCGUAUUCGUGGAAAGCCUUCAUUGCGGCGCAACUCCUCGUCGAGAUGCCGUGGCAGACGCUUAUGGCCGUGUUCACCUUCUUCUCUUGGUACUACCCGAUUGGUUUAUACCGCAACGCCGUGCCGACCGAUAGUGUGACUGAGCGCGGAGGGCUCAUGUUCCUCCUCAUCUGGAUGUUCUACCUGUUUACGUCGACCUUUUCGCACAUGAUGAUUGCCGGCGUGGACUCGCCCGAAGUUGGCGCCACCUAUGCCAAUUUCUUAUUUUCUCUGACGCUCAUCUUCUGCGGUGUUUUGGCUACGCCGACUGUGCUUCCGCGGUUCUGGAUCUUCAUGUAUCGCGUGUCUCCAUUUACAUACCUCGUCUCCGCCAUGCUCUCGACAGGUGUUGCGAAUGCCGACGUGGUGUGUUCUUCCAUCGAGUUGGCGAACUUCAAUCCACCUAGUGGGGAGACUUGCGGCCAGUACAUGAGCGCUUACAUCUCCGCUGCGGGCGGGUACCUCACGAACCCCAACGCGACGUCCGGAUGCCAGUUCUGUUCCGUUUCGUCAACGAAUGGCUUCUUAAGUGCGGUCUUCAUCAAGUACUCCGACCGGUGGCGCAACUUCGGCCUUAUGUGGGUCUACGUCAUAUUCAAUAUCUGCGCGUGCAUCUUCAUCUAUUGGUUGGCGAGGGUUCCGAAGAAGGGAAACAAGAAGGAGUGAGGUUGUGGAAACAUCGUCGCCUUUUUUUUAUAGACACAUUCUUUUAGACUCUGACCGAGCAUCGUGACUUUCCGCUCG